ACAGCCUUCUUUAACAGACAGAGGGUGAAUGAGCAGAUAGGAAAGGCUCAGUAACUUAUUGGUGUUUCCCUCUGGAACCAGGGACCUAAAAGGCCCACCUUUUAUGUGGCAAAACUAAGGACAGGGCCAGUGAUCACACUGCGAUUAAAUGGCAUCAGAAAUCACCUACGCUGAGGUGAAGUUCAAGAAUGCAUCACCGGCUGCAGUGGUCAAAGUACCUCCUGACACGAAGAAGCAUGAGCACCAUCCUCAGAAAUACCCGCUAUGGCUUCCGUGGCUGAUGUCACUGGUGCUCCUCUUGGUGUGCAUUGCCCUUGUUCUUGUCCUCCUUGUCGCUCCCUUCUCCCAUAGAGGUGACCAGCCCACAGUCCUGCAGCAGAAAUUCACGGAGUGGUGGUGCGUCUCGGCAGUGCCACAAGGCAAAGAGCGAGGCUGGACGUGCUGCCCGAAGGGCUGGAAGCGCUUUCAAAAAAGCUGCUAUUAUAUCUCGGAUGAUAUGAUGCCCAGCGCUGAGAGUGAGCAGAACUGCACUGGGAUGGGCUCCCAGCUGGUGGUGAUCAACAGCAAAGAAGAGCAGGUUUUCCUCUCUAAGCAGCUACAACAGCCUCCAAGAGGAGAGAAUUACUACAUUGGUCUGAGGGCACAGAAGGUGGGCCAGUGGCACUGGGUGGACCAGACUCCACUUAAUGUGACGGCAGCGUUCUGGCGGAAAGACGAACCAAGUAAUAAGGAUGAUCAGAAGUGUGUUGUAAUCCAUAGCACUUCACAACUACACAACAACUGGAAUGAUGUCAAAUGCGAGAGUCAUUAUCGAAUUUGUGAAGCUGCAGCAGUAACUGUGUGAUGGAGAUAGAUACCUUCUCAUCCUGAGUAAAACUGAGAGAUGAGCAGUGAGCUGGGAACAGC